AUGACCCAGAUCCCCCAGAUCAGCUAUGCCUCCACCGCGCCGGACCUGAGUGACAACAGCCGCUACGACUUCUUCUCCCGCGUCGUCCCGUCUGACACCUACCAGGCCCAAGCCAUGGUGGACAUCGUCAAAGCCCUCAAGUGGAACUACGUCUCCACCUUGGCCUCUGAGGGCAGCUAUGGCGAAAGCGGCGUGGAGGCCUUCAUCCAGAAGUCCAGGGAGGAUGUCUCCCCUGCCACCCCCUCUUCCCAUGUGUAG